GCCCGCCCAGCACCGGACCGGCACCGGCACCGGCAUCAGCCCCGACCCCGGCCCAUGGCGGCUCCGGCGGCGGUCGCCACCGGAGAGCUUGGCAAGGAGCCGCUGGUCCCGGAGCGCCCCGCAGGGACCCCCACGCACGGGCCGGCCCAGGAGACCCCCCGAGUCCCCGAGGAGCAGGGGGGCAUCCCCAUCCCCAGCGCCGGCCUGCUGCAGGUCACCGAGCGCCGACAGCCCCUGAGCAGCGUGUCUUCGCUGGAGGUGCACUUCGACCUGCUGGACCUGACGGAGUUGACGGAUAUGUCAGACCAGGAGCUGGCCGAGGUCUUCGCCGACUCCGACGAGGAGAACGCGGCCGGAGAGACGCCCGGCGGGCUGCAGCCGCCGGCGGCGCCGCGGGCCGGGUACCUGCGCUCGCCCUCCUGGACCCGCGCCCGGGAGCAGGGCCGGGACAAGAAGCACCUGAGUGACCCCGAGCUGCCGCCGGGACCCCCGGGACCCCCGGACGCCUUCCUGCCCGCCGAGCGCCCGCGGGAGCCGUAGGGACCAAAGCCGCCGGGGACACCGGGAUACGCCGGUGCUGGUCCCGUCGGUACCGAUGGAGCCCGUCCCCGGGCGCAGGACUCCCGUUAGCCCGCCCGGAGGGCAGAGGCGGCCCCAGCCCCGCGGCGGGGACGUACCGGGCUGCCCUCAGCCGGUGGCCCGCGGCCCCGGGGGAAAACCGGGCCGGCCCCGCCGGCCCCCGGGAGCGGCACGGCCUCGGUUACCGGGAGCGGCGGAUGGGGCAGGACGGGACGGGUCGCACGGCUCCGCGCGGCCCGAUGGAGCGCGGCCGGUGCCGGUGCCCGCCCGGUUCUGAUGUAGCAGUGCUGUGAUCCGGUAAAACCGACCGACCGACCCAC